AUGGUAAGAUCAACCAUCAGAGUAAGAGUAGAAAAGAAAAUACUGAAAACCCCACAGGUUCAAAUCACUCAGACAAUUCUUACCCUGGCGCUGGCUUUGUCCGCUCAAGCAGCAGCCACACCCGCUGCUGCAACGCUUCAGAAGCGCGAUACCAUUUCCCUCGGUGUCUUCCACGACGGCUCAUGCAGAGGAGCAUUCACAAACAACUUUGAAGUGUCCUCUGGUCGCUGCCAGAACUUCUCAGGCAAUGUCUAUGGUGCAGUUUUCAAGAACCAAGGCGGCAACGUUUGCAAGCUCAAGUUCUGGGCCAACGCUGGGUGCAGCGGCAAGGCGACAGUGGCUACUGUGAACCCUUACGAAGACCAUGUCUGCGUGCCUGUCGCCAACAAAGACGGACAGUUUUAUCUGGUUGAUGGAGCUAGGUCUGUGUACAUCACUUGCUAG